UGAAAGUAUUGUUAAACGGUUUUGUUUGUUCAGGUUUGCGCAUUAACUCGUGAGAGCCUGCUGUAACUGCGCUUCGAGAAUCUGCUGGUUGGUGUCAUGGCUGCUCGUGCAUUUAAAAAGUUCGCCCCUCUUUAUGACCGUGUUUUGGUCCAACGUUUUGAAGCUGAAACCAGAAGUAAAGGUGGGAUCAUGAUACCGGAGAAAGCUAAAGGCAAGGUUCUUGAAGCAACUGUGGUCGCACAUGGUCCUGGAUCGAGAAAUGAAAAAGGUGAAGUUGUUCCUGUGUGUGUCAAUGUUGGUGACAAGGUUUUCCUUCCUGAAUACGGUGGUACUAAAGUCGUACUGGACGAAGAUGAGUAUUUUCUUUUCCGAGAAACUGACAUUUUGGCCAAGUUCGAGAAUUGAUCGGUGUUUUAGAUCUAGUCCCCACACCUUUGUACACUGAUUAUUCAAAUACCAUAGUUUUUCAUUUCUAA